AUGUCGCAGGCUGUCCUUAUGAAGGAGUACAAGGCUCUGGCCAAAGAGAAAUGGGUUCAGAUCGACAUUGACGAGGAGAACAUCUACCACUGGAAGUUAGCGUUAAUGGUCCUCAACCCCGAUUCGCUUUACUAUGGUGGCUACUUCAAAGCUCAAAUGAACUUCCCCAAGGACUACCCAUACAAGCCUCCGGACUUCCGCUUCACUAAGCCGUUAUGGCAUCCAAAUAUCUAUGCCGACGGCCGCCUGUGCAUAUCAAUUCUACAUGCUCCGGGUGAGGAUAUGAUGUCCGGUGAGAGUGCAGGCGAGCGUUGGUCCCCGGCACAACGUGUCGAAUCUGUCCUGAUCUCCAUUCUGUCUCUCCUUGAUGAUGCCGAGAUAUCCUCUCCCGCCAAUGUCGACGCCAGCGUCAUGCUUAGAGAUGAUAAGGAAGCAUACAAGGCCAGAGUUAGACAGGAUGUUGAAGCAUCCAAGAAAGAUAUCCCUGAAGGUUUCAUUCUGCCCACGCACGAAUCCACCAAGCCCGUUAUUGACAAGAUCGACGACGAUUUCUGGAACGAUAGUGAAGGCGAGGACAUUGACUUCGAUGAUUUUGAUGACGAUGCCGCCAAUGGAAGCGAAUCAGAUCAGGACUUGAACAACGAUUCAGAGGACGAAGAAAAUUACGAAGAUGACGAAGAUGACGACACGGAACAUGUCAAGGGCAAGUCCAGGGGCGACAGAUUGGAUUCCGAAAUGACUGAGCCGGACGUAUGA